AUGGAGAUUGAGAAUAUCGUGGCCAACACCGUGCUGCUGAAGGCGAGGGAAGAGAGGGAUUACACUAGCCUUUGUGAGAAGCAACCAAUUUGUCGUCAGUUAUUUCGGCAGUUCUGUGACACUCAGCCCAAAUUACGGCGGUGCAUAGAGUUCCUGGAUGCUGUGGCAGUGUAUCAGUUGGCUCCGGAUGAGAAGAGAAGAGACGUCGCUUUAAAUAUUUUAGACACAUAUUUUAAUAAUGGGUCGGCAGCUCAUCUACCAGAGAUCGCUCAGGAUGUGGUUGGGGAAUGCAGGCAGAAACUGGAACAGAGUCCCUGUAAAGAGCUGUUUCAGGAAUGUACCAGGAUAGUUCGUGAAUAUUUAAGUGGAGAGCCAUUCUCAGCAUAUCAGGAGACAAUGUACUUUUCCCGUUUUCUUCAGUGGAAGUGGUUGGAGAGGCUACCAGUAACCAAAAACACUUUUAGACACUACAGGGUAUUGGGCAAGGGCGGAUUUGGUGAGGUUUGUGCCUGCCAGGUUCGUGCCACUGGUAAGAUGUACGCCUGUAAAAAGCUGGAGAAGAAACGGGUGAAGAAAAGAAAAGGUGAAGCAAUGGCAUUAAAUGAAAAACGCAUUUUAGAAAAAGUUAACAGUAGUUUUGUAGUAAGUACUACUUUCUUUUUAUUCCUCAUUUUUUACUUUUAUCUUAACCUGAUGGUCUCAGUUGCAUGCUGGUCUUGUCCGUAUUAUUUGUGCAAUAAACGUUUGACUCACACUCUCUGUGAUUCAGUUUCCAUGAGGUUCUCAACAGAGGAAAAAUGUUCUAAAUAUCAAUUUCAUAUGCAUUUAUCAUGGGUAGUUGGGAAAAAUCUAGUCCAGAGUAGUAGUUCACAACGAAUUCCUACAGAUUCUAUGAAAUAUGAAUGUUUUCUCUGUUUUUGCAGAGACUUGAAACCUGAAAAUAUUCUCCUAGAUGACCGUGGGCACAUCCGUAUUUCUGAUCUGGGACUGGCCGUCCAAAUUCCAGAGGGUGAGACGAUACGAGGGCGCGUUGGCACGGUGGGAUACAUGGCACCGGAGGUCAUUCAGAAUGAGAGCUACACCUUCAGUCCCGACUGGUGGGGUUUGGGCUGCCUAAUAUACGAAAUGAUUCAGGGUCAGUCUCCUUUCCGUCGGCGGAAAGAGCGCGUGAAGAGAGAGGAGGUGGACCGCCGUGUAUGUGAGGACCAGGAGGAAUACACUGAAAAGUUCUCAGAAGAUGCUAAAGACAUCUGCCGACAGUUGUUAUGUAAAGAUCCAAAGGAGCGGCUGGGGUGUCAAGGAAUUGGAGCAGCUGAAGUCAAACUGCAUCCUAUUUUACGCAACAUCAACUUCAAGCGAUUGGAGGCCAACAUGCUAGACCCACCGUUCUGUCCUGAUCCACGUGCGGUGUACUGCAAGGAUGUUCUGGACAUAGAGCAGUUUUCUACAGUCAAAGGUGUAAACCUGGACCCAACAGACGAUGACUUCUACCACAAGUUUGUAACCGGAAGUGUCUCCAUCCCAUGGCAAAAUGAGAUGAUUGAGAUGGAGUGCUUUAAAGAGAUUAAUGUGUUCGAGAUGGAUGGAGCACUGUGUUCUGAUCUGGAUGUGAACAAGCCAAAUCCAGCACCCAAGCGAGGAUUCUUCUAUCGUUUAUUCCACCGAGAGGCAAGUGCUACCGUGCCGCCUGCCGUGGUCAGAGGGGGUGGGGCUUGAGGUUUGUUUUAGGAGUGCCAACAGUGAGGAGGAGGAGCCAUCUUGACUUUAAACCACUCCCACUUCCCAUCAGCUGCCAAUCAGAAUACUAAACGUAUGAAUGUUCAACUGUAUUUAUGAACUGUAUUAAACUGUAUCAUAAUUAAAGAAAAGGGUAUGAGUUUAAAGAAUUUUGUACAUUUGUACUUGAAUUAUGUGUAGAUGUAUAUUUUCACUAAAGGUUGUAUUGUACAAAAAGCCAUAGAAAUACCACUUGAAUGCAUAUAUAAUGUUUUUAUUGUUAUUAUUUUUCAUCUGUACUGAAUAUGAAAUGUGUAUUUCUUUUUAAGCACAAUAUAAGCACUCACUUUUAUUGUUUAAUGCUAACCUCCUGUUAGCACUGCCUUUGUUUGUAUGUUAGAUUGUUUGGCUGGACAGAUUUGGUGCACUUGUUUUGUACAGUGGGGUAAGAUAAAUCAACAUAAAGAAAGCAGUACAAAUGAUCUAUUCAUCAUUAUCAUUUCUAGUGCUCAACCGAAAUGGGUUGAUGGCUGAUGGUCAAAUGCUGACAAAAACUGUAUAGCCGAAGUAUACAGUGGGGUCCAACAGUCUGACAACACCAAGCAAAAUACUUCUGUUUUAUAUAAUUCUAAUUCAGUACAAUUAU